UUAAUUUUAAAUAAGAGCAGUUUCCAGAAUUUUGGGAGAUACCAAAGAUGAACGCGACAGGUAUUGAUGUAUCAACAGCUCCGCCAUACACGGUUAUAUGGUGGAAUCAGUUCCAGGAGAACCCUCAGUCCUUGUACAAUUUAUGCUCCGGGGGACAGGAGGGAACGAUUAAUGUCUCAGAUGACGUAGUUAACUUGACACAAGUCAACUCAAGAACUACAUUUGGAGUGGGUUUGGACCACUCUUGGGAAAUCAAAGUAAAGAGUUCCGAGGAUAUGGAGAGGUUGAGAAGUGAUCUUAUGUCAAAGCCUAUUCUUUUCCGUGCAACUUUGGAUCACGUACGAACUGACUUUUACGUGGUGUUUGCUGUCCAUAAGAAUUGGAAUGCUGAGUUGGCUGUUCUCGUUAACACCAAGCAUCCAUCCAUCAGAGAAGUCUUAUCUACCAAGCUGAAUGAAGUCACACAGGCCAUGAGGGAAGGCGAAAAGUUCUGUCUGAAGCUCGACUUUGGUGAACCUGUAGUGCAGUGGUAUUGUCAACAGGUGGAUACCCAGAGAUGCUGGAGCAGAACCGUCGAUUGCAGAAGCAUGGCUCUCUUCAUCAACAACUGCAGCAUGCCCAUAGAUAUCUGUUUCAAUCCGGUUAUCAUCGUUUACUGUUUUCCAUGCUGGCUUUUUGGAGGUCCCUGCUAUUGUAUUCACAGGAAAGGGAAACGCAUUGAUAGGUCUUAUAGUUUUCGGGACCUUCUUGUCGUCUCACAAACAGAAAACAUCAAGGCCUAUUCCAAACUACGGGAAAGCUUUACAGUUUUGAACAUUAUCUCAAUCUGAAGAAUCUUUAUCGAUGCAGACUGUGCCACUGAAAUCGAGGUUAUUUAAGGCAUCAUCUCCUGAACAUUCACACGUGUUUAAUCUUCAUAUAGAAUUAUUUAUAUAAUUAAUGCUAACUUUAUACGUACUUGUUGAUUAUUAG